CCCUCCUCUCCCGUCCUCCCCCCCCCCUCGUCCCACAUUUGGGCUCGCCACUCACGGCUUACUACUUUUAAGUCAUGUCAGCUGGCUCUUCCGCUGGUUACUUCCACCAAGGUCGCGGCCAGGAGGCCAUGCCCGGCGCCCCUGGCGCCGGCAGCGCCCCCGGUGCCAGUAAUCCCCCCGGCACUGGUAACACCGGUGCCAACAACACCCCCCAGGGCGGCCCCCACUCCUCGAUGCAGCACAUGCCACACAUGUACCAUCCCAAUCCCUACAUGUCCGGCUAUCCGGCCGGCUAUGGCGCGAUAGGCGCACAGUCCGGCGCCGGGCACAACGUCCCCUACUGGUACAACCAGGCCCCCCCUUCGGCCGGCAUGUACAACCUCUCCUACCCCAACGCCGCCAUGAUGGUCCCCUCCAUGUCGCCCUACGGCCACCAGGGGGUCUAUUCGAUGAUGGGCCCGGCUGGCACCAGCCAGAGCACCGGCCAGGGCACCAUGCCGCACACGGGUAGCCACUACCACCCGGGCAUGCACCACCCAAGCAUGCCGCACUAUCCCAUGCCGGACAUGUAUUACAACUACUCCAUGAUGAUGGGCAUGCACCCGGGCGCCAUCGACCCGACCACCGGGCUUCCCAUGCACCCGCAGCAGCAGCAGCAGCAGCAGCAGCAGCACCCCACCCAAGCGCCCCAGCACCAGCAGCAGUCCUUCCCCGCCGGCCCACCGCAGAAUGCCCCCUCGCCGGCCGCUGCCGGCAGCAAGCAGCAGCAGCGCGCCGCCGCCGCCGCCGCCGCCGCCGCCGCCGCCGCCGCUGACGGCCACUCCACCACCUCCUCCUCUUCCUCCUCCAAGAACAACUACUCCUCCCGGGCGCAGGGCAGUGCUGGCAAUGCUUCGCACGCGGCGUCCGUCGCCGCGGCCGGUCCGGCCCCCUCGGGCGUCUCCUCCCCGGCCGAGUCCGGGGCCGCCUCCAGCUCCUCGUCUCGCGGCGCCUCCGAUGCCGCCACCCCCACCUCCAGCAACACUGCCACUGCCUCCUCCUCCCGCUCGGCUGCUGCCCCCAGCACCAACUCGAAGUCUGCCGCCUCCGGCACCACCACCACCACCACCGCCACCGCCACCCCGGCCGCCACCCCGGCCACCGCCGCCACCACUGCCCCGAUCGCCUCCCAGACCGCCGCCCCGGCCGCCACCCCGACCACCACCGCCACCACUGCCACCGGCCAUGUCAAGCAGUCGCCCCAGCAGCGGCCGAUUCCGGCGGCACAGCCUGCCAGCGGCGCGGCCAUUCGCCCGCGUCCGGCUGCCUUCCAGGGCACCGGCAUGCCCGGCGCCAUGCCGGUUUCCUACUCGGACCCCUCCUUUGCCGGCUCCGGCCCCAGCCAGAUGCACAUGCCUUCCGUUCGGCCGGGUGUCCGCCCGAUGCUUGCUCGCCCGGCUCCGGCUGGCACCGUCCCGGUUGCCGCCGCGCCCACCGUCAUUUCGCAGCCGGCCGCCGUUGCCGGCACUCGUGCUCGUCCGGUCGCCACCCCGACCGCCGCCUCUGCGGUCACUGUUAAGGAGGCCGAGCCCGCUGCCAAGCAGAACACCGCCAAGGCCGCCAAGGCUGCCGAAGCCGCCAAGGCCGCUAAGGCUGCCGAGGAGGCCGCCGCUGCCAAGGCCGCCAAGGAGGCCGCUGCUGCCAAGGCCGCCAAGGAGGCCGCCGCUGCCAAGGAGGCCGCCGCUGCCGCUGCUCGGGCGGCUGCCCCGCCGACCCUGGCCGACAUUGCUGCCGGCCGCCGGAAGCCCCUUCCGGCGGGUGGCGCUGCUGCUGCUGCUGCUUCGGCCACCGCCGUUGCUCCGACCGCCGCCGCCGCCGCUGCCGCUCCGACGGUCAAGGCCGCCGCUCCUGCUCCUACUCCUGCUCCCUCGCCGGCUGCCGCCCAUGGCAAGUCCACCGAGUCCCACAAGAAGACCGCGGCCGCCACCUCCAGCCCGACUGUCGCGCCCGCCACCGUCGCCGCCCCUCCGGCUAAGCCCGCCGUCAUGUCCUUCGCCGCGGUGGCUGCCAGCAAGGCCGGGCAGCCGCCCUCCGGUGGCACGGCCACUGUCACCUCUACUGUUGUGACGGUGGCUCCCUCUUCGUCGUCGUCGUCGGCCGGCGGCCGGCCGGCGGCGCGCCAGACCCCCAGCACCGCUCACGUUGCCGACUCGCUCAAGAAGCUGGACCUCAGCGGCCCCAACAUCCCGGACGACUUCUCCAACAUCCCCCGGCCCCCGGUCGACACGCGCCUUAAGACCGAGGACGUCACCCGGACCCGGUGCCUGGACUUCUCGGACUUCGACCUGAAGAAGGAGCUCCUGCUCGGCCUGCACACCAUGGGCUUUGAGAAGCCCUCUCCCAUUCAGGAGGAGUCCAUCCAGAUUGCCAUCGCCGGCAAGGAUAUCAUUGCUCGUGCCAAGAACGGAACCGGCAAGACCUGUGCCUAUCUGAUUCCGGUGCUCGAGCGUCUGGACACCCGGUCGAACCACCUCCAGGCCAUCAUCCUUGUCCCGACCCGCGAGCUGGCCCUGCAGACUGGCAACGUUUGCAAGGAGCUCUCGCGCCACUUCAAGCCGGCCGUCGAGCUGAUGACCUCCUUCGGUGGCAGCGACUAUCGUGACGAUCUGAUCCGCCUCAAGCGCCCGGUGCACAUCAUUGUCUCCACCCCCGGCCGCAUGCUGGACCUCUUCAACCGCCAGCGGGUGUCGCUCAAUGCCUGCCGCAUGUUUGUCCUCGAUGAGGCCGACAAGCUCCUUUCCCAGGACUUCCUGCCGGCCAUCCAGCAGCUGCUGACUCUCUUCCCGGAGAAGCCGCAGCUCCUGCUCUACUCGGCCACCUACCCGGUGUCGGUGCAGGACUUCGUCACGGCGGCCAUGCACAAGCCCAGCAUGAUCAACCUCAUGGAUGAUCUGACCCUGCGCGGUGUGACCCAGUACUAUGCCUACAUGCAGGAGCGCGACAAGCUCCAGUGCCUGUACAGCCUCUUCACCAAGCUUCGCAUCAACCAGUCGAUUAUCUUCUGCCGGAGCCACACCCGCGUGGAGAAUCUGGCCCAGCAGAUCACCCAGCUCGGCCUGUCUUGCUACUUCAUCCAUUCGAAGAUGCUCCAGGAGGAUCGGAACCGCAUCUUCAACGACUUCCGCGAGAACAAGUUCCGAAACUUGGUGUGCUCCGACCUGCUCACCCGUGGUGUUGAUGUCCAGUCGGUCAAUGUUGUCAUCAACUACGACUUCCCGUCCACCGCCGAGACCUACCUCCAUCGGAUUGGCCGGUCUGGUCGCUUCGGCCAUCUGGGCCUUGCCGUCAACCUGGUCACCCCGCAUGACAUGCCGAAUCUCAUGAAGAUCCAGGAGGAGCUGUCCACCACCCUGGAGCCCAUGCCGGCCGUCGUCGACCAUCGCCUGUACACCCUCUAAGCAGCAGGAGCCCAGGCCGCCGCUGGUCCAGACGCGAGGCGUGAGGGGAGCGAGGGGCGCGAGCGGGGACAGUAGUGACGGCGAAGGAGGAGGAGGAGCGAGGCGAGGCAAACCCGCGCGAUGGCGCGUCUGUGCAUGCGCGUGUCCCCCAUGUGCUGCGGCUUCUUCGCGACUGCGCAGGUUGCACGCCUCGUCCUCUCUCUCUCUCUCUCUCU